CCUUUUACCUUUUGCUUCAUCACUCGAAGAGGCCUUCUUCACUCUUCACCUCAUUUCCUUGGAGUAUUGUAUGCCCACAAAACCCCAAACCCCAAACCCUAUCCUAAAACCCUAACAGCCUCCUCUCCCACUCCCCAAACCCAAACCCAAACCCACACACACUCCUCUCUCUUUCUUCCUCUGCAAAUCACAAAGAUGAUGACAAGUAUUGCAUCAAGGAGGUGUUGUUCAGUCAUCUCUAAACGCACCAUCGCCGCCUUCGCUUCUUCUUCCUUCACAACUAACAACAACAACAACAACAACCUUUCCUUUGCCCUUCAAACCCAAUACUUUCACCAUUCAUCAACCCCAUCUUCCCACCCUGUCAAGAAUGGAGACACUGCAUACCCAUUUCUAUUUCCUAAAAACAGAGCCUUUCAUUUCAAAUCAGGGCCGUUGAAUUUCAAGGCCUCCUCGCCUUCUCUAGCCGAGUACGCUGCCAUAGCCGAUUACGAAUCCGAAGCCUCAUCUUCGUCUUCGUCGCCGAAAGCCGAUGAAGGUUUGGAGGUCGCUAAGCUUGGAAUCGCUCAGGAGAUUAUCUCUGCUUUGGCCAAGAGGGGUAUCACCAAGCUCUUCCCUAUUCAGAGGGCGGUGCUGGAACCAGCAAUGCAAGGGCGUGACAUGAUUGGUCGUGCUAGAACAGGAACUGGCAAAACUCUUGCUUUUGGAAUUCCCAUUUUGGAUAAAAUCCUUAAGUUCAAUGCCAAACAUGGGCGUGGAAAGUAUCCUCUGGCCUUGGUUAUGGCUCCAACUAGGGAACUUGCUCGCCAGGUCGAGAAGGAAUUCGCCGAGUCUGCACCAGGCUUGGAUACCAUUUGUGUUUAUGGUGGUACGCCCAUCUCAAGCCAAAUGAGACAGCUUGAUUAUGGUGUCGAUGUAGCUGUUGGCACACCCGGUCGCAUUAUAGACCUUCUUAACAGAGGUUCUCUCAACUUAUCAGAAGUUCAGUUUGUUGUUCUCGAUGAAGCUGAUCAGAUGCUUCAAGUAGGCUUUCAGGAAGACGUUGAGAAAAUCUUGGAGAGGUUGCCACAGCAACGUCAGACUCUGAUGUUCUCUGCAACUAUGCCAACUUGGAUUAAACAGCUCACCCAAAAUUAUCUUAAAAAGCCACUAACCAUUGAUCUGGUUGGAGAUUCCGAUCAAAAGUUGGCUGAUGGAAUUUCUUUGUACUCAAUUGCUUCGGAUAGCUAUGGAAAAGCUUCAAUUAUUGGCCCUCUGAUAACAGAGCAUGCAAAAGGAGGAAAGUGUAUUGUUUUCACUCAAACAAAGCGUGAUGCUGAUCGAUUGGCAUAUGCCAUGGCAAAAAGCCUCAGAUGUGAGGCUUUGCAUGGUGAUAUCUCACAGGCUCAGAGGGAAAGAACACUUGCAGGUUUCCGAGAGGGGCAUUUCAAUGUUUUGGUUGCUACUGAUGUUGCUUCUCGUGGGCUUGAUAUUCCUAAUGUUGAUCUGGUAAUACAUUAUGAGCUUCCCAACAAUUCCGAGAUAUUUGUUCAUCGGUCAGGGCGUACAGGUCGUGCUGGGAAGAAAGGAAGUGCUAUCCUGAUUUAUACAUCAGAUCAGACAAGGGCUGUCAAAGUUAUAGAGCGAGAUGUAGGAUGCAGAUUUACAGAGCUACCUAAAAUUGCUGCUACGGGUGGAAGCAUGGACAUGUUAGGUUACAUGGGGGGUGGUGGUGGUGGUGGUCGAUUUGGCACGAGAGAUCGUCGGUCUGGUGAUUCUGGUUUUGGCCGGUCAGGAGACUAUGGGCGUCCUGGAUUUGGUCGUAGUGGUGGUUAUGGUGAUUCUAGCUCUGGACGCUUUGGUGGCUCUGGCUCACGACAAUCUGGCGGUGGUUUUGGUGGCCAUAGCACAAACCGGCCUGGGAACCGUUCUGGUGGUUUUGGGGACUUUAGUGGUUCAGGUCGUUCUGGUGGUUUUGGAGACUUUGGUGGUUCAGGUCGUUCUAGUGGAUUCGGUGACAGUCAAUCAAGUCGAAACAGCGGUGGCUUUGGUGGUGGCUUUACUAGUCGUUUUGGCAGCUUUGGGGAUGACAAAAGUUAAGGAAAGGAAAGGAGACAACUCCCAGAGGGAAGAAGAUUACCAAGAGACAAUGAUUCAAUUUGAUUGAGUUUCAUGGAAGGGGCAUGGCUUACAGGAUUCUCCACCGCAAGAAGUACUAAUAUUUCUAGUUACUCUUAAGACGUAGCGUCUAAGAUAUCUUCUUGUUUAUAUUAAAAUUAUAUUCUUAAAUGAAGAGAAUAAUCUUAUGUUGGUAGUCGAGGCCCAUGUAAUUUAUUCUGAAACAGUCUGUUUUUGUUC